AUGCCGCCCCAGACGAUCAAUGUGGGGCCCAGCCCCUCUGUCGAGGAGGCCAGGCUGCUGAUCAGCGAGCUGUGCGCCGACUUCUACAAGUGGGGGUGGGCAUCAGGCACCGGCGGAGGCAUCUCCGUGAAGGCGGCGGACGGACGCAUCGUCAUGGCGCCCUCCGGCGUCAUGAAGGAGCGCAUGCAGCCGGAGGACAUGUUCGUCCUGGACUCGGACGGCAACGUCAUCGAGGAGCCCGCGCCCAAGCACGGCAAGCCCCCGAAGCUCUCGGAGUGCUCGCCGCUCUUCAUGUCCGCGUACAAGCUCCGCGGCGCCGGCGCGGUCAUGCACAGCCACUCCCUCAACGCCGUAAUGGCAACCAUGCUCGACCCCUCCGCGGAGGAGUUCCGCGUGACCGAGCUCGAGAUGAUCAAGGGCAUCAUCGGGCACACGUACUUCGGCGGGUGCUCCGUCCCCAUCAUCGAGAACACCGCGCGAGAGUGCGAGCUCACCGAGCGUCUGCAGGCGGCAAUCAAGUUGUACCCUGAAGCCAACGCGGUGCUGGUGCGCCGGCACGGCGUGUACGUGUGGGGGCCGGACUGGGUCAAGGCCAAGACGCAGGCCGAGUGCUACGACUACCUGUUCCAGGCGGCGCUUGAGAUGCGCAAGCUCGGCGUGGACGCGAGCGUGGCUCCGAAGCAGCUUGUCGAUCCCGACGGCGUGAUUGCGCGUGCCAAGGAGCAGGAGGGCGCGAACGGGCACGCGAAGGCGAACGGCUCGCGCAAGCGCCCGCGGUCGGCCGUGCGCCCGAAGUGCGUCGUGCUGGACAUCGAGGGGACUAUUGCGCCGCUGACGUUCGUGUCGGACGUGCUGUUCCCGUACGCGAGGGCGAACCUGCGCCGGCACCUCGAGGAGACGUUCGACAUGGCGGAGACCAAGGAGGACAUCGAGCUAAUGCGGGAACAGUGCGCGAAGGACGUCGCGGCGGGGCUCCCGGGGUGCGAGGAGCUGCCGGGGAAGCGCGCGCCCAAGGCGAAGGUGGUCGCGGCGGUGGCGGCGGCGGCGGAGCGGAUGAUGGACGGGGACAGGAAGACGACGGCGCUCAAGGCGCUGCAGGGGCACGUGUGGCGGACGGGCUACGCCGCGGGGGAGCUCAAGGGCGACCUGACGUCGGACACGGGUCCCGCGCUGGCGGCGUGGGCUGCGGCGGGCGUGAAGACGUACAUCUACUCGUCUGGCUCGCGCGAGGCGCAGCGGCUGCUGUUCGCGCACAGCAACGCGGGGGACGUCCGGCAAUACAUCUCCGGGUACUUUGACACCACCAGCGGUGCCAAGGUCGAGGCGGCGUCGUACCGCAACAUCGCGCUCUCGCUCGGCGUGGACGCCUCCGACGAGAUCCUCUUCGCGACGGACAGCGCCGCGGAGGCCGAGGCGGCGACGGCCGCUGGGUGGCGCGCGGUGCUCGUGGACCGCCCCGGCAACAAGCCGCUGCCGGCGAAGCUGCCGCGCGGCGUCCCGGUGGUCAAGGACGUGACCGGACUGCUCGACGUGUGCUGA